CGUUGAUUUGCGUCGCUUUCCUCUCUUCCGACCCCCCUGCUGGGCUCAAAUUUCCCCUCGACUGUGUGUUGUAGAACUGAGUUGCCAUUUAUCAUCUUCCUCAAUCCUUCUCUGUACAGCCCUGCAGUGUGCGAUUGUACAGUUCGACCUCUUCCCCCUCAACUUCCUGCAACCCAUUCUUAGAGCUUCCCACUCCACCCCCCACUAUUUGGGCCAAUUGAUGACUUGACGAGAUCGACGAUUUUCCUUUUGUAUUUCUACAUCUACUCAUCUCCCUCAUCCUUUGCUUAAAUCCGUGAUCUUGGUUCUCCGAUUGUAUCUCUGUUCAAACAGCUUGUAUAUCUGCUGUUGAAGACAACCAUUGCUUGACAUUAACGGCCGCCCGCAACCGAUCGCGACAUCAAUACCCAAAGAUCUUGUUAUAAAGAAUCUCCAGAUAGAAAAGCUCAAAAUGGCUGCUGAUAUUCCCAAAGUUGUGCCAUUGACAUGCCAUGGACAUUCCCGUCCUGUGCCGCACAUCAACUUCUCCUCCACAGUUGAGGAUGACCAGUACUACCUCAUCUCCGCAUGCAAAGAUAACAAUCCUAUGCUGCGCGAUGGUAUUACUGGUGACUGGAUUGGAACCUUCCUGGGUCACAAAGGUGCAGUCUGGCAGGCACGUCUCUCCACUGACGCCACCAUCGCCGCAACUGCUGCGGCCGACUUUUCCGCCAAAGUAUGGGAUACUCACACGGGUGAGUGCCUGCACACGCUCCAGCACUCGCACAUUUGCCGAGCCGUAGCAUUCCCCAUGCAGCCCUCGCCCCGCGUCCUGGCCACGGGCGGCUACGAGAAGAAGCUGCGGAUCUUCGACCUCACGCGCAGCAGUAGCAGCAGCGACGGUGGCAGUAACAGCUCGUCGCCUACGCUCGCCACGGGCGCCUCCACCCCCGCCGAGGGCACGCAACCAUCCACCGUGACGAGCUACGAGAUCGGACCCGGCGUGCACGGUGGCACCAUCAAAUCCAUCGUCUGGAACCAAGACUACAACAUCCUCACCACGGCAGCGGAGGACCGCAAGAUUCGGUGGUGGGACCUCCGCUCCCGCCACCCGGUGGUCGAGUACACCGUCGACGGGCCCAUCGGCAGCUGCGAACUCAACACCCUGGCCGUGCGGCCCAACGACGCGGGCAUCCUGACCGUCGCCGCCGGCAAGUCCGUCUACCUCUUCGACGGCCUCAACCCCGGCCGCCUCCUCAAGAAGAUGGACUUCCGAUACGAGGUCGCCAGCGCGGCGGUCAACAACGAAACCAGUCGUCUGGUCACCGGCAGUGCCGAUGAUACCUGGGCUCGGGUAUAUGACCUGCUCACCGGGGAAGAACUCGAAGUCCAAAAAGGCCACCACGGCCCCAUCUGGUCCGUAAGCUUCUCGCCCGACGGCAAGCUUUACGGCACCGGAAGCGAAGAUGGAACCAUCAAACUCUGGAAAGCAUGCAGGGAACCCUACGGUCUUUGGCGGUGAUGACCCCUCACCCCACUCCCCCCACCAAUAAAUCUAGUCCUGGCAGUGUCUAGUAGUAUCUCGUUCUAGAUUUCUAGCCUAGCCUUUUUCCUAGACGGUGGAUUUUCUGAGCAAACCGAACAAGAGAAAAAGGAAGUCGAUAUGCUAGCAAGCAGACAAGGGGGCAUGAUGCUGGUAACAUGAUCAUCAACAUCAUCAGCAGCAGCAGCAUGCAGCAUCGUGAUCAAAAACUCUCUCGUCUAUACCCGACCAUGGUCAAUGAGUGAUUGGACAACAUGGGGAAGAAGAAGAUAUGAUAUUGCCUUAUCUUCACAGACAACACUCGCACGCACACACUUAUACAUACACAAAGAGACACACGGCACACCUUUCAGCAGGAAGGAAAGCCUUCGCUAUUUUGGAAAGUGG